UAUUAUCAUAACAAACGAGAGAAAAUAUUUACAUCGAGAAAAUUGAGAUUUAAGCGGGAAAUCCCGACCACUAAAUAUAUAAACCUUUGAAGUUCAUUCAUAUAGUUUAUUCUGGUUCAAGAAGUUGACACCGUAACAUCAAUUUACUACGGACGGUUGUAAACAGGGUUUAUUUUAUAUCAUUUCAGGAUGACUAUCGGAGAAUCCUUAACUACAUUUCUAAAAGUUUCGAAAUGGAGAACGUCAAAAAGAAAAACACAGAAAAAGAGCAGACCACGCAGCAUCUUGGAUGUAACAGAUAUAAUCAGAAACAUCGAAGGUCUAGAUUCCUCUUAUCAUUCUUUUGAUGUUGAUUUCACGUACGAAAUUCCUUCCAAUCUUCCGGAAAUUCCCUUAAAAUCUCGCAAAGCUGAAAAAUCACGGAAAUCGGAAAAUCGAAAAUCUUGGAUGUCAUUUAUGUGUGGAAGGAAUAAUUUUGACUUUGAUGAUCCAAAGGAAGAAGCCCCUAUGCUAGAGAAAUUGUCAAAUAAACAGGAAGAUAAUGACAAAAGUACAAAGAAUAUUCAACAAGAACAAGUUAAAGAAGAAAACGACAAAACAAAACCGGCAAUACCGAGUAAAAAUGAGUUAGAUGAUAUUAAAAUCAUUGCCGAAUCGCCGAUUGAAAUCAUAACCGAAUCGCCGAUUGAAAUCAUAACCGAAUCGCCGAUUGAAAACAUAACAGAAUCUCCGAUAGAAAACAUAACAGAAUCUCCGAUAGAAAACAUAACAGAAUCUCCGAUUUCUUCACAAAACAAACGACUGUCAUGGAUGUCUUUGAUGUGCGGGAGUCAAAAAAAUUUAGAUUUCGAAAACAAUCAAGCCGUUUCAAUGAAACCUGACAAAUCAUCUCCAAAACAAAAUAAAAAAGAGGAAAAUAGAAAAUCGUGGAUGUCACUUGUGUGUGGAAGUGGACAAAAGGAUAAUAACUUUAGGAAGUCUGUUUAUAGAGAUUCCGGAAUCUCACUCCUUUCGGAAGACAGCGAGGUUCGUCCAAUACAAGCACACUCCAAAUUUCAAAGCAGAUCAUGUGAUGACAUUUUAGACAGUCUUCGUCACAGUGACGAUAAAUGUGAGGUAUUCAGUGACGAAUCAUUUGAAUGUGGCUCUCCGUCAAUGAACAAUCUCUUCAGAACUUCGAGCAUCCAAGAAAAUUCUUUUCAGAUAAUGCGUAGACGACACAGAAAUGUGAAUAGAAGGCGAGGAAAGGACUGCGACUCGUGUUAUAGCUCGUGCGACUUUAAGAUUUUAGCGCCGAUUUUAGCGGGAAGUAAAAGUGAAGGAGACUUAACCAGGGUUGGCUCUUUCGUUGAAAGAGAAGUUCGGUUUUCAGGAAUUGAAGAAACAUUUAAAGAAAAAUCCGUUUCAUCGAUGGAAGUGUGUCGAAUAAACAGCGUACACCUUAAAUCAUGGCAAAUCCGUCGCCAAAGACAAGACCAGAAAAACAAACUGAAACGAGCAUCAAGAAAUCUUGAACUUGUGUUAAGCAAGGACUUCGAAUUCGAAGAACGAUUGAUAAUGUAAUUUUUUUUAUUCAAGUGUGUUGUAAAUUUUGUACAUAUGUAAGUUCAUGUGAAAAAAUAUAAAUCAAAUACUGUUUUAAGUAUUGUAAUAUGGAUAUAAACGGGUUAAAUUUUACCAAAAUUUAUGAAUGUACCGAAAUACUCUUAAAUUCUGCCUUUUCAUUGAAAUCAUCAUUCAUGAUUGUAAAUUCAUAAUGUUUUGAAAAUAAAAACUAUGUAUCAAAUUUGACAA